AUGUCACAUAAUCUCCAGCACCACGCUCGGAGUAUCCUCACUCACAGUAGCAGAACUCUAUUAUUCUGCUCCUACACAAACGGAACCCUACCGUCUUCUCCAAGGCACAACACUACUACUACUCUCCAGAGUCGCAUCCAAGCCGCUUCAGAAGGCAAAACAGCAAUCACUAGGGUUCUUGAACAAUGGAGACGUCAGCAGAAAGGUAAACAAAUAAACCCUUCGAUGGUGAGAGUACUUGUAGAGGAGCUUAGAGACUCGCAACGUUUCCGUCAAGCCCUAGAGGUAUCUAACUGGAUGAUUGAGCAAAAGCUAUGCAACCUCAUCCCUGAAGACUUCACAGCUAGGUUUUGUCUUAUAGAGAACGUGUUGGGGUUGAAAGAAGCUGAGAAGUUCUUUGAGAUGGUCCCGGAGAAUCAGAGAGGUGAAGCUAUCUACACCGCUUUGUUGAACAGUUACACGGUGAAGAAAGAUAUUUUUAAAGCUGAAGCUACUUUCAAGAAGAUGAGAGAGAUAGGUUUGCUCUUGAAGCCUUUGCCUUACAAUUCGAUGAUGUCUCUCUACUUCUCUGUCCGGAAGAGAGACAAGGUUGAUGAGAUCAUGCAAGAGAUGAAGGAGAACAAUGUUCAGUUUGAUAGUUUGACAGUGAACACAGCUUUGCAAGUGUACGCUUCUGUCUCUGACUUGUUGGCUAUGGAGAAGCUUCUUGCUGUUUGGGGAGGGAAUAUAAAGCUACAUUGCCUCACGUUACUUGACAUGGCAAAGGCUUAUCUAAGAAAUGGUUUCAAGGAGAAGGCGAGAGAGAUGCUUCUUAAAACAGAGGAGGAACAGAUAGAUCCUGAGUCCUAUCCUGAACUCUUGACGCUAUAUGGUGAAGCUGGAGAGAGAGAAGACGUUUACCGUAUAUGGGACUUGUACAAGACGGCAGAAAAGCAAGAUAACGAUGGGUUUAGGGCUUUGUUUGGAUCUCUCUUGAAGCUUGAUGAUCUCAAUGGAGCAGAAGAGAUUUACUACAAUGAGUGGGAUGGCUCUGGUCUUGAAUUCGAUGUCCGAAUCCCGACAAUGUUGGCUUCUGGUUACCGCGAAAACGGAAUGGUUAAAAAGGCAGAUAAGCUGAUGAUUAAGACCAUAAGGAAUGAAAAAAUGGUUAGACCUAUUGGUCAGUUGCUUGAGGAAUGGGGCAAGAAAGGGAACCUAGUGAAGCCUUCUUACAUGAGAGGUCUCAUAAAGGAUCUAUGUGACUCAAAACAAUACUCUAAAGCACUUGAGGCAUCAACAUGGGUGAGUGAAAGAAAGUUGUAUGAUCUUUUCCCUGAAGACUAUGCAGCUAGGCUUCAUCUUAUUGACAAUGUAUUAGGUUUAGAAGAAGCAGAGAAGUUUUUUAAAAGUCGCAUCCCUGAGAACAUGAAGAACUAUUCUGUCUACUCUACACUUUUAGCCUCGUACACAAGAUCAUCCAAAACUGUGGAUAAAGCGGAAGCCAUUUUCGAGAAGAUGAGUGAGCUAGGGUUCCUCUUAAACCCUACACCAUUCAACAACAUGAUAUCUCUCUACAGUGAGCUAAGAAAACGAAGCAAGGUCAUGAAGCUACUUGAGAAGAUGAAGGAGAAGAAUAUAGAGCCGGAUAAUGUCACUAUGAACAACGUUUUGAGAGUUAACGCAGAUGUAUCAGCCAUGGAGUGCCUGGAGAAGUAUAAGAGAGAAUGGGAAGAAGAAAUCAAACUUGAAGUGAGGACGAUGGACGCAAUAGCAAAGGCUUAUGAAACAUCCGGGUCAGCGCUAAAGGCUAUAGAGAUAACAUCGAGUAAAAAAGAAGUGUACCGUCUAUGGAAUGAGUACAAGAAAGAUAACGUGGGAAACAUGAGUAAUGAAGGGUAUAGAAGUGUGAUUAGGUCUUUGUUGAAGCUAGACGAUGUUAAAGGAGCACAAGAGAUAUUUAACGAGUGGGAGCCAGAGAGAUGGGAGUUUGAUUCUAGGAUUCCGAGUUUGCUGAUCUGUCGUUAUUGUGAGGAGGAGAAGUAUAAUGAAGUUAAGACAAGGGAUGUAAUGAAGUUGAGUAGGAAGAAGAGGAGAGGGUUACAGUUUGAGAUAACUAAGGAUGUAUGCAUUGUUUUAAUGGCCUCGACGUUUGGGGUUGGGUUUGUGCCAUGCAUGGUAUGGCUUUGUGGAGGUGAAACCAUUACUAUUUGGGGCUCCCUAGGGGUAGUAGUCACCGGUAUUAUUUUAGCAGUUACAAAUUCUUUUUGA